AUGCUGCCCCAAGAAAUACUUGCUGUGCUGACACUGCUCUGUGUUUUCAGGGCUUCUGUUUCUGUUCUGGAUGAAGAUGAUGACUAUGAUCUCAUGUAUGUGAAUCUGGAUAAUGAAAUCGAAGGUCCGGUUCUCGGUCCUGAGGACACUGCUUCAUGCGACUGCCAGCGAGAGCACACCGAGUGGGACAAGCUCUUCAUCAUGCUCGAGAACUCACAGAUGAAAGAGAACAUGAUGCUUCAGGCGAUGGAUGAGAUCCUGCAAGUGGACCUGCAGACCCUAAAAGAAGAGCUGAGCCAACUCACCACCAACCUGGCGGGCUCCUUCGCCACCGCAGCUGAGAAAGUCACCUCCCACAUCGCGUCACAGGUAGAGCAGGCGCUCGCAAGGAGCAGUGACCAAGCUGAAGUAACCAAGAGGCUUCAUGAGUGUGAGCAAGGAAAGGUUCUUGAGCAUCUUCUGCUGCUGAGUCACAACGUGUCCAGCAGGCUCAGCCGGCUGGAGAGCGCUUGCCUGAGGAGGUCUGAGGUGGAGGCUCAGGAGAUGGAUAAAUUCAGUCCUACCAGAGGAGACAAUCUCAUCUUGAACUCUCUGUGGAAAGAGCUACAGCAAACCAGAGUUGAACUCAAGGCAUCACAGAAAUGGGCAGCUCAGCACUUACUGCCAGCAGGGUGUGAAACAGCAAUUCUAUUCCCCAUGCGUUCAAAAAAGAUAUUUGGGAGCGUUCACCCAACGGCUGGAAUGACCCUUCGCUCCUUCACUGCUUGUAUCUGGAUCAAGGUGACUGAGGCUUUGGACAAAACUAUUGUCUUCUCCUACGGAACCAAGUUUAAUCCAUAUGAAAUCCAGCUUUAUCUCAGCCAGGAGUCUGCAGUGCUUGUUGUUGGUGGUGACCAGCAUAAACUAACUGUCAAAAACGUAGUUGUUCCUGGGAAGUGGAUCCAUCUCUGCAGCACCUGGAGGUCGGAGAACGGAUCUGCAUCCCUGUGGGUGAAGGGAGAGCUCACAGCCACUGCCUCGGACAUUGCUGAUGCUCACACCAUUCCAGAUGGAGGGAUUUUGCAGAUUGGUCAAGAAAAGAAUGGCUGCUGCAUUGGAGGUGGAUUUGAUGAAGCUUUAGCCUUCUCUGGAAAAUUAACUGGCUUUAACCUGUGGGACAGAGUGCUCAGUGCUAAAGAGAUAGCAGCACAGAGCGGAGAAGAUGCAUGUGGUAUCAGGGGCAACAUCGUCGGGUGGGGAGUCACAGAAGUUCUGCCACAUGGAGGAGCCCAAUAUGUUUCUUAA